AUGAACAAAGAACCAAUAUCGCCUGAGUGUCGAUUGGGCAUUUGUUUAUAUCGCCUUGCCAGAGGAGACUAUUACUACACGAUAGCAGAAAUGGUCGGAUUAGGUGUAGCAACUGUUUGUUUAAUUGUAAAGGAAGUAACCGAAGCAAUUAUUGCAAAUUUAUGGAAUUUAUCAGUAGAACAACACAUGCCCCGAACAAAGGAAGAUUUUGAAGGAAAAAUACUAGAUAUGGAAGAACUUUGGCAAUUCCCAUUUUGCUGGGCAGCGAUUGACGGUUGCCAUAUACCAAUUAAGUGCCCAGCUGGAGGUCUAGAGGCUUGCAAGGAAUACCACAACUUCAAAAACUUUUAUUCUGUAGUAUUGAUGGCAAUGGUCGACUCCAACUAUAGAUUUGUGUGGGCAAGUUGUGGAUUUCCUGGCAAUUCACACGACUCGAUUAUCUUCCAGUCAACCGAACUUUGGAAUAAUAUAACAGAAAAAGGUGCAAUUCCAAACAUUGGUGAAACUGUGGGUACAACUACCAUUUACCCACUUAUUCUGGGUGAUUCUGCAUUUCCCCUACAAUCAUGGCUGAUGAAGCCUUACACGAAUGCCGUACUGACAAAUGAACAGAAAAAUUUUAACUAUCGCUUAAGUAGGGCAAGAAUGGUGACGGAGGGAGCAUAUGGGCAAAUGAAAGGAAGAUGGAGAGUUUUGAUACGGAAGAAUGAAAGUGAAGUAGACCAAGUGAAAACAACCGCCUUAGCAUGCAUAGUUUUACAUAAUAUCUGUAUUGAUAAGGUUUAUGUGAAAAUACUGUACAAUAACCACAACAAUGGACUGUACUUUUUGCAUGAACCUGCCCUAACAUAGAUGACUUUCAUUGAGUCUCUAAACCAUGUGCUCUAUUAACUAUGCUGAGACAACAAAUCAACCACGCAAGCUAGGGUCUGGAUAUGCGCUCCUGCCUCUCUUGAAUUGAGACCUUUAGUAUUAACCGGUCAUGUGACCCUCCGUAUUUUGGUGGAUUUGUUAAUUUGUUUCUGGGGAGGGGAUAGAAAGUAUAGUUGUCAAUUUGUCCUAUAAUGGUACUUCAUUAAUCACACAUCGAACAAAACUAGUACCCCCUCUCAAGAGACAAAUUAUCAAAUCCGCCAAAAUACGAUGGGUCACAUGACCAGCUAAUACUAGGGUCUUAAUUCAAGCGAGGCAGGAGCGCAGAUCGAGACUCUAGCUUGUGAGGUUGACAACAAAUAUGGAUAUAUAUGCAUAUACAUAUAUAGUUUGGCAUGCUUUAGUCAAUUAGCAGUGAGCCCUGA